CCGUCCGUCCGUCGCCAGCCUAGCUUAUGCAAAUAUCCUCCGCUAAUCUGUGAUUAAGGCAAGAAAUUGAUUAGAACAAUGACACAGAUUUAUUUGAUAGAGCGAGAAGGAAAGAAAGUAAUAAGCAAGUGAGUGAGUGGUCUAGUUAGCGUCCGCGCUUCUUCUCCUCCUCUUCCUAUCUAUAUAUAGUGAAAGCCAUAUCGCCUCUCAAGUCUCACAACCCAAAUCUCAGACAUCACAGAACUCUUCUUCUUCCCGCUAGCUCGCUCGCCCGCCCUUUCUCCCACACCCCACUUUUCAGUCUCUAUCACAGGUAAUAAUAAAGAUUUUAGUUUUAGGUCAAUUUGUGUCAGAAUUCUGUAUCUUUUUGUCGAUCGGUUGAGCUUCUCGGUGAUCUUUUUGACGGGUUUUUUAAAACCAGCAAUGGGUUCUCUUUUCCUUUUUCGAAUGUGGGGAUUGGAUCCUGUGUCUCUUUUUCAAUUCCGCCAUGCAUUCUGCUGCAAUUUUCAGUUCUGGUUGGGGUUCUCUGCCUUGCUCUGUCAAAUUUUACUGAUUCUGGUCCAGGGUCAAUGAAACUGUGUGGAUUGGUUCAACCAAUGGGUGCCUAGGAUUUUGUUUUCUUUCUCAAUUUUUUUUUUAUCUUUAUAGUGUGGGUGAGAUAUGCCUGGUGUGGCGAGGAUUCCUUUUCCUCAGGAUAUUGAUAUAGCUCUGUUUACGACUGUUUGGUUUUGGGUGUUUUGCUGCUAUGUGAGUUGGAGAUAUGAAUCAAGUGGCUUCUAACCUUUCCUUUUGUUCAGUCACUAUGGGGAGCAACGAUGGAACCGGCUAUGGGGCAUACACAUAUGAGGCUCUUGAGAGGGAGCCUUACUGGCCAUCUGAGAAGCUGAAAAUCUCCAUCACUGGAGCUGGUGGUUUCAUUGCCUCUCACAUAGCAAGGCGUUUGAAGAGUGAAGGUCACUACAUUAUUGCCUCCGACUGGAAGAAGAAUGAGCACAUGACUGAAGACAUGUUCUGUCAUGAAUUCCAUCUUGUGGAUCUCAGGGUUAUGGAUAAUUGCUUGAAGGUGACAAAUGGUGUUGACCAUGUCUUCAACUUGGCUGCUGAUAUGGGCGGGAUGGGAUUCAUUCAGUCCAAUCAUUCUGUUAUCAUGUACAACAAUACCAUGAUCAGCUUUAACAUGCUUGAAGCCUCUAGGAUCAAUGGUGUUAAGAGGUUCUUUUAUGCCUCUAGUGCUUGUAUUUAUCCUGAGUUUAAGCAGCUGGAGACAAAUGUGAGCUUGAAGGAAUCUGAUGCCUGGCCUGCAGAGCCUCAAGAUGCUUAUGGCUUGGAGAAGCUCGCAACAGAGGAGCUGUGCAAGCACUACACUAAGGACUUUGGGAUUGAAUGUCGGGUUGGAAGAUUCCACAACAUUUAUGGUCCUUUUGGAACAUGGAAAGGUGGCAGGGAAAAGGCACCAGCUGCCUUCUGCAGAAAGGCGCUUACAGCUACUGAUAAGUUCGAGAUGUGGGGAGAUGGUCUCCAAACACGAUCCUUCACCUUCAUUGAUGAAUGUGUGGAGGGUGUGCUCAGGUUGACCAAGUCUGACUUCCGGGAGCCAGUGAACAUUGGGAGUGAUGAGAUGGUGAGCAUGAAUGAGAUGGCCGAGAUUGUUCUUGGUUUUGGGGACAGGAAGCUCCCUAUCCAUCACAUCCCAGGUCCAGAAGGUGUUCGUGGUCGUAAUUCUGACAACACAUUGAUCAAGGAAAAGCUUGGCUGGGCUCCAACAAUGAGGCUGAAGGAUGGCCUGAGAUUCACCUACUCGUGGAUCAAGGAACAGAUUGAGAAAGAGAAGGCUCAGGGUAUCGACUUGGCCGUCUAUGGAUCAUCCAAAGUGGUUGGAACUCAAGCUCCGGUUCAGUUGGGCUCUCUCCGUGCUGCUGAUGGCAAGGAAUGAAGCCCAGUUCUAAAAGCUUGAGUUGAAGUUGCUCUUUUGGAAGGAUUUGGCUUAUAGGUCUUGUGGUAGAAAGUUGGGAUAGACUUGUGGAAUGGUAGGAUGGGGAGAGGUUGCUUUGGAAUAACUGGCAAAUUAGAUUGAAUUAUAAUGUUAUGUCCAUUUUAAUUUUCAGUCAUGUUGGUAUUUGUUUAGGGGCAGGGGUGGUUUUGCUGCUUACUGUAUCAUCCAUCAUCCUGUGUAGGCUUUCCAUACCAGAUAUAUGCAGUGGUAAUGUAUUAGAGUGGCCACCGUUUAGCAUUUUGAUUAUCUGAUAAACUUAUAAUCUUGAUAUCCUUGUUUUCUUUGAAUCAAAUUUUUUGGGCCUUGUGUUUUCUUCUUUCAAGAUUGGCUGCUGUUUGUAUGGAGGAGUUCUGUUGUUUGUGAUCAUGAUAACUGUCAAUGCUUCCAAAGGUGAUGAUAUAAAGCGCACUUGGUCUG